UUCGCUCCGAAUUGCCAAAUGGCAUACAACGCCCGCAUCGAACACACGUCCUCCGAGGGACACGAAGGGGAUGCCACCUGCGUAGCGUAUUUCGAUGGGCAGCUGUUCUCCGGAGGCGCUGACGGCAAAAUCAGAAUCUGGUCACCGGAGCUGCAACUCUUGGCCACUGUGAACGCUCACGAGGCUUACAUAUACUGCAUGGCCAUCAACAAGCACGGCAAAGUAUAUUCAAGCAGUUGCGAUGGCCAGGUGCACUUCAUGCUGCCUCCUUAUGACGAGGAAUCGGUGCAGGAGCUGUUCCGCUGCGACAACGCCAUCCAGGCGUUGUACUGCGACGGAUCUGUGCUUUACACGGGCGAUGACAAGGGCGUGGUGACCACCUGGAGCAACGACCGCAUGCUCUUCAAAUACAACCUGGUCGAGGAGGUCAAGUCGCUAGCCGGCGAACAGAAACUUAUUUACACAGUUCGCGACUUGGACGUGGUGGUUUCCCAGGUGGCUGAGGGCAAGUCCGGCAAAUACAGCAACAAGGCGGUGAUCGCAGGCAAGUCGCCACUUCAUCUUCUUGGCCCACUGGUGGAUGGGAAACGCAGCUUCCUCGCCUUCCCCGAUCGAUCUGGGAUGGGUCUACAGCUGGUCAACAAUCUUCCGCAGCAACAGUAUGCCCAAGUUUGGCACAUACCGGACUGUCACGAGUGGAUCGUUAACGCCAUCUGCGGGGAUGAGACCUAUUUGUACUCCGGCGGAUAUGACAAGAAGGUGAAGGCAUGGACCGAUCUGGGAUCCGUACAGCCAAGAGCCCUGGGCGAGGUGGACGUGGGCAGCUGGGUGAACAGCAUGUGCUGUGGCGACAAUAACAUUGUGUAUAUAGCAAGCAGCGAUGGAUUGAUACGCAGCGCAAAGUUUGUAUAGUUUUUAAGCCAUCUUGUCAUCUCGGAAAACAGAAAAAGCUUUAUAUGGUAAAAAGAAUUUAUUAAAGACCAUAAUAAUUACAAACUGG